ACGAUCGCACCGGCAGUUCCGCUGAGCAAGGAGCUGGAGUCGUUGUAUGAGUUUCUGGCGCAUCAGAAGCCGGCGCAGGUGGCGGGUGACCGCGAGUUCUACGAGCUUACCCAGCUGAGCGAGAAGGGGCUGGACGCCAAGAUCCGAGAGCUGGAGAACUGGAACUUCCGGCUCAACCUGGACGAAGCGAAGGAGAUGCAGGACAGUAUCACUCUCGGAAUUGUUGGCCACGAACAGCGG